AUGCAGCUCCUCCGGCCGGCCUGGGCUGUGACUGCCGCUGCGGUCUGCAUCCUGCUCCUGCUGCUGCUCCACAACCACAUCCUCAGAGAAGGUCAGCUGGCGGCGGGGACCUGUGAGAUUGUGACUCUGGACAGGGACAGCAGCCAACCGAGGAGGACCAUCGCACGACAGACGGCCCGCUGCGCCUGCAGGAAGGGGCAGAUCGCCGGGACGACACGAGCCAGACCGGCCUGUGUCGAGGUUCGUAUCGUCAGGAGCCAACAGUGGUGUGAGAUGACUCCUUGUUUGGACGAUGAAGGUUGUGAUCUCCUGGUCAAUCAGUCGGGCUGGACCUGCACGCAACCAGGAGGCCGAGUCAAGACCACCACGGUGAGAAGUCUCCUGACAGCGGCGGCAAUGACAGACGCUCCCCAUAUAGGAUUGGAUCCCUUCGUCCAUCACCCAUUGUCCCUGAGCGGAGCAUUGGCUGCUGCUGACGUCCAAUCAUCAGCCACUAUCAGGGCGUCUGCGCAGACCAAAGAUGAACAGAGCUACAACAAUAAGACGUUUUAUGGGGACGGGACUUUCAGAGCUCCCCGGCAACACAAUAUUCAUGUUAAGAAAUGA